UUGCUUCUCAAACUGCCUCGAUGCAGCGAUCUGUCGCCUUGCGCCCGCAGCAGCAUCCACCCCGCGGCCCGGGCGGCGUUGAACCGCCGCGGACAGCGCUUGCGUGGCGUCGCGGUCGCCACGCGACGGCCGUGGUGCUGAGCUGUGCAUGGCUGGGGCCCGCCACACGCGCCGCAAGGGGGCGCAAGGACGGGGAGGCCAAGAAGUGCCAUGGUCGCGCCUGGACGCGGCGUGUCGCGCGUGGUGCAGAGUUCACUCGCGAAGUGGUUUGCCAAGUGGUGGAGGAAUAUGGAGCCGCGUGGGUUAGCCAAGAUCCAGCGAGGAUCGCGGCGCUUUUUGCACCGGAGGGCGUUUACGUCGAGCGGAUCUUCGAUACGCGCAGCACCUUUCGUGGACCAGAGGCGAUCAAGCACUACUGGGAGACACAAGUGGUAGGGAAGCAGUCCAACAUCCAGUUUCGUCAUGUGGUGGGCGACAUGAUCUUCGACUUUGAGAUGAGGAAAGCCACAGUGAAGUGGCUGGCAGAGUUUGACAACAUCCGUUACCGUGUCCCCGAGAAGGAGAAGCACGUGUGCUUUGUGCAAGUGGCCAUGUUGGAGUUCUCAGAGGAUCAGCGAUUGACAUUACUGGAGGAGUACAUGCAAAGUAUCCAUGGUGCCUUCUUCCGCUGGCCCUCGCUGGAUGCCUCUGAGAGUCGUUUGGAUGCCAUGCGUCGAGCAGUGCCUAUGUCCUUUGCUACACCGGCACUCAGUGGGCAGUGCUGCGCGAAGUGUGGGCAACAGCUCCAGUCGAGGAACGCCCUCUUCCGGCACCUCCGCAGCACAUCUUCCGCCUGCGCCUCGACACUGGCCCCGGCCCCGUCCGCAGAGCGCCGGGAGUCGCGGCUGCAAGUGGCGUUGGUGGUGUCGUACGUGGAGAAGCCUGAUGGAUGGGAAGAGCAGUUGGUGGCAGCCUCCUUGCGCGCCUUCCCGCUCCACCCACAGGAACCCAGACCUGCACCGCGAGUGACCUGGGCUUCGCCACCUCAGAGGGGCCCGGCCAAGGCAAAUGUGCUGGGGAUGCGACUGCCGAAGAAGGCGGAAGGGCUUGAAGGACGUGAGAUUUUGGAGAGGAUUGAGAGCCAUUUGCCUGUCUCAAGUGGGGUGGACUUGCUCGGUUGCGUGGAGGUACCAGCCACCUUCCACGCUGCACGCUCCUGUGAGAUCGAGCGCUUCGAAGCGCUUUUGCCCUGGUGGAUCCUGGGAGAAGCCUCCGAGCCUUUGGAGCCUUACUCUGCCAACGGAGUGCCCUUCGACCGCGCCUUGGCGCGCCGGGUGAAGUCGGGACUGCGACAACUACGUGCCGGAUGUCACUGGCAGAACUUCUGCGACCGGUCCCUCGGUCGCGGAGACCCUCCUAGUUUCUCCUUGAAUCGCCUCUCCUGCACUGUUGCAUUCCCGGGAUGGUGCCGCAUCGGCGUCUCUGUGCAGCGCACCCUCCCGGGCAUGGUGGACAGAUUGCUGGGUGCUUUGGUACUGUGGUGCCGCGGCGAUGUGGGCACCACCUUUCUUCAGGAGUCUUUGGCGCCCCGCUCCCGAAUUCUGGUGCCAAAGGUGCCCAAGUGUUGCUUCUACUUGCUGCAGCCACACAUGGCACGCUUUGAGCACAAGCAUGGGCUCCAAUUGACCAAUGACGGCUCUUGGAAGCCUCGGAUCUGCGAGGCGCUGGUUCCCUUGGAGCAGAUCUCCACGGAGCUACAGCAGUGGCUUGAAGGCUGCGAACGGCCUGCAUAGUGAACCUUCGCCCUGAGAAGACUCAGGGGGGGCAUGUCCGGCUUCCCCAAUGCGAUAUGAUCCGGGAAACCGUCGACGGAAUCAUGGCGGAGGAUGCCUGGAGCCAGCAUCGGCGGCGCCGCCCGCAGAAGACUCGGAGAAAGACGACGAGACUGGACUGGAGAAGCGCUGAGGUGAGUGAGCGAGGUGAGUGGAUGAGGUGAGUGAGG